AUGGUCUGCCGUCGUCAGAUUAACCUCGGCCAGGCGCUGUUGGGCCUCCUGUCUCUCUGCGCAGUUCCCGCACAAGCAGACUACUUCACCGAACCAGCCAGUUUCGAGCUCGACCGUAUGGGCACCCGAUACACGGUCCCAGAUCUCAACACAACCUAUACAUUGGGCCAGAAAGUACAAAUUACGUGGGAAGUACCGACGGUGUCGUACAUCUCUCUCAGUCUUGUGCACUGGGGCAAAGAUGCGGGCGUGGCCGUUGGCUCGUUGAUCAGUAAGGAGAUUCCUGUGGUGCUGUACAAUGGUUACACCGAUUGA